AUGCACUGCUAUCUCCUGAGUGUCUUCCUCAUCCUGGAUCUUGCCGCGGUGGCCUUCGCUUUGUCUACCUGCAGCACUCUCGAUAUGGAUCAGUUUAUGCGCAAGAGGAUAGAAGCUAUCCGAGGGCAGAUCCUGAGCAAACUCAAACUCACCAGCCCUCCGGAAGAGUUCCCGGAGCCCGAGGAGGUUCCCCCGGAGGUCAUUUCAAUCUACAACAGCACCAGGGACCUGCUCCAGGAGAAAGCCAACCACAGAGCGGCCACUUGCGAAAAGGAGCGGAGCGAGGAGGAGUAUUACGCGAAAGAGGUGUAUAAAAUUGACCUGCCUUUUUACCAUUCAGAAAACAAGAUUCCACAAAAAUCACCUCAACCCAGCGCCUAUUUUAAACGAGUGAGAUUUGACAUUUCGGCAAUGGAAAAAAAUGCUUCCAACCUUGUGAAAGCAGAGUUUAGAGUCUUUCGCUUGCAGAAUCCAAAGGCUCGAGUAUCAGAACAGCGGAUAGAAUUAUAUCAGAUUCUCAAAAGCAAAGACCUAACAUCACCAAUGCAACGUUACAUUGAUAGCAAGGUAGUUAAAACAAGAGCCGAAGGUGAAUGGCUAUCUUUCGACGUAACUGACGCUGUACAUGAAUGGCUCCAUCAUAGAGACAGGAAUCUUGGAUUUAAGAUAAGUUUACAUUGUCCGUGCUGCACGUUUGUGCCUUCGAAUAAUUAUAUCAUCCCAAACCAAAGUGAAGUGCUAGAAGCAAGUUUUGCAGGUCUUGAGGACUACCACAGUGCUGAGAAAACUUUAAAGUCCAAUAGGAAAAAAUACAGUGGGAAGACCCCACAUCUUCUGCUAAUGUUGUUACCCUCCUACAGACUUGAGUCGCAACAGUCCAGUCGACGGAAGAAGCGUGCUUUAGAUGCUGCCUAUUGUUUUAGGAAUGUGCAAGAUAACUGCUGUCUGCGGCCAUUUUAUAUUGACUUUAAGAGGGAUCUUGGAUGGAAAUGGAUACAUGAACCUAAAGGAUACCAUGCCAAUUUCUGUGCAGGAGCUUGUCCCUAUUUAUGGAGCUCAGAUACUCAGCACAGUCGAGUGCUCAGCUUGUAUAAUACCAUAAACCCAGAAGCAUCUGCAUCUCCAUGCUGUGUAUCCCAGGACCUAGAACCCCUCACCAUUUUGUAUUACAUUGGCAAAACGCCUAAGAUCGAACAGCUUUCUAACAUGAUUGUUAAGUCUUGCAAGUGCAGCUAGAGAAUACUCUGGGACAGCACAGUGUGUGCAUUUUUGGUUUUCCCUGAAGAAAAAAGAGGAAGCAGCAUAAUUACAGAGGAAGAAACAAAAGAACACAUAGGAUCAGCAGUGUUUUAUAAAGAAAAAAAAGAACGGUACUUGUCUGAAACAUUUGAGAGUUGGUUUCAUUGUUUUGGUUACUGUUUUACUUUCAACUGACAUUUGAAGCAAAACCGUGAAGCCCUUAUCCAAUAUUUCACCUACUUGGUUAGUGAGGUAGACAAGAAGCAUUUUUAAAAAACAACAACACAAAAUUAGUAAUACCAACAUGAUAGAAAGAAAAGGAAAAGGAAACCUUUUUAAAAUAAACACUGGAAGAAUUUGUUAGAGUUCGUAUGUGAAAAGGAAAAAAACAGGAAAAAAAUCACAUUAAGUGGAGUUGCUGUAUCUAUCCCAUGUCUUACUUGAUCUCCAUGUUGUUAUGCCAUAGACUCCCUUUUUGUUUCUUGUAGUUUUUUAGAAUGAACAGCGCCUUAUUUAUUUUUGUGUAAUAGGAUCAAACAAGAACAUGUUGCCAUGGGGGGCGGGGGGCGGGGGAGUAUGUAAAAUUGGAGACCAAAUAAGCUUCUACCAGUAUGUUUAAUGCUUAGGAAACAUGUGCUCAGAAGUUCUGAAAACAACAAAUAGUUUAGGAGGUCAAUUAAAAUAGUCCGGUAUUACAUUUUAGAUAAAUCUUUGUUUUUUUUUAAGAAAAAGCCACACAUGCCUUGUUUGUUUGUGCUAAAACUCUAAGAGAGCUUUUUGCAAAGCCUCAUACAAUUGUUUUAAAUACUGAAAAGCUUGUUAAUAAAAGACAUUGUGUUUCAGUCUCAGAGACAAGUCUAUUAAGAUUUUUUUAAAGGAUUUCUUAAUGAAUAAACUGUCCGAUUAGUAAACCAGCAAAAUAUUUAACAUGUACUGGUCUAAUCUUCAGACCCUAAUAUGUCGCUGUAUAAUGCUUUGGGAUUGUUUUUCGGUAUAUGUAACAAUACCUAUAGUAUUACAAUAGGUGGGUAGUAAGAAGCCAGCUUAAUUGGAAACAUAUCUGUAGAUGUCUAUUGUAAACUAUUAAAAAAUUAAGUACUUUAUGUGUAAUGUGUAAAUUUUCACCAUAUUUUUGUAUUCUGUAAUACUGUCAACUCUGAAGAGUUUGAAUUUGGGGGCUCUUUUUUGAUCACUCAGAAUCAUGUGUUUCCCUCUAGCUGGCCAGUAUGAAUAGAGUCCCUGUAUUUUGACUUGCACUACAAAUACAUGUUUUAUAAUAUUUGCGAUACACAUGCUUUGUAUGUUGUCUUUCGUCAUCAUGAUAUAAACUAUCCAACUGAGGGGAUGGGGAUAAUUUUACCAAAAGGUAGACUACAAUAUUCUUUUGCGUAAAGUAUGCCUAUCAUUUGUGCAGCUUACAAUAGAAAGCUUCAAAACAAUUUGAAGGUUUCAAAAAUCUUGCCAUGGGCAGGAGGAAGAAGGAAUUGGUAGGAAGAAGGAAGAUAAUCUACUGGGUGAAAAGGGACAGGUAGCCAGCAGGAGACCAAGAUAUCUUAUGGAUAUCAAGCUGCUCAUAGGAGUAAAAGGGAGGAAAAUGCUGAAAAGGGCAACCAGAAUAAUCAUAGGGUGGAAGUUCCUGCCCCAUGAGGCAAGAAUAAAGCACUGGACUUUUUGAUUUAGGAAAAAAAUUGGACCAAGGAUGGCAAGAAAGAAAUCUACAAAAUAGACAUGGUGUAGAGAAAUACUCCUAGACUAUGGGGGCACACUGUGAAACUAAAGGCAAAAAAUUCAGGACGGAGGAAAAAGGGGCUACUUUACACAAUGGGUAGAAUUCAGUGCCCUGAGACGUGGCAAAGUCUGCUGAAUUAGAUGGAUUUUUAAGGGACAGAUUUAUAGAGGAUAGGUCUAUCAUUGGCAAUUAGCCAUAAUAGUCAAAUAAGACCUGUAGUUCAAAGCAGAAUGUCAGAUGCAGGGAAGCAAUCAGUAGGCAAAGGUUGCUGUCUGCAGUCCUUGCUUUGGGCUUUCCUGUAGCAUCUAACCAGUUACUGUUAACUAGAGGCUGCUGGAGUAGAUCUUAUUUCCUAUAAGUAUUUUCAGGGUCAGUUCAAACAUUCUAAUUGUAAUGGUGAUUGCAUGGUAUAAAACCUGUUUUAUGUGUAAUGGUUUAGUAGUGGUUAAGAGCAGAGGACUCUAAUCUGGAAAACCAGGUUUGUUUUCCAACUCCUGCACAUGAAGCCUACUGGAUGAUCAUGGGCCAGUCACAGUUCUCUUAGAACUCUCUCAGCCCCACCUACCUCAUGGGGUGCUUGUUGUCCAGAAAGGCUUUUGGUUGACUACUAGUGAUUUGAUUGGCAGCGCAAAUUUAAAAAAAAUUGCUUUGGCAGCAGCUGCCACCACAGCACAAGGGUCUUCACUGUGCUACUGAAGUUAAGCUGUGACAAGCAUGUUGUGGUUGGCCCCACCUCCAGUGGUAGCCAUUUUAUGGCAACAAUUUUAUUGCUGUGCCCACCAUGCCAUUGUGAAAAAAAAAUCCAGUGUACCCACAGACCACACAGACUAACGGCAUUUAUUCCAAAAUAAGGUUUUGUGAGUCAAAGUAUGAAGUUUUGUUAAGAGAAGACUAAAAAAGUUUAACUAUGAAGGAAAUGAAUUGAGGUUACACAUAAGCAUCUACCAAAUCUCUCCUAAGCACCUCAAGUAAAUCACAUUUAUGACAAUGAAAUAUCUUAUUCCAGAAUAAGCUUUAAUAAGUCAAAGCUCACUUCAUCAGAUUUAUGAAAUGAACACCCACAAGGCUGGUGCAUUUAUACUAAAGGCAGUUGUUUUGGAGUCUUUAGAAUAAAUGUACCUAGCCUAAUGGCAUCAGAAGAAAGGGAAUGUUGGCUCAUCAAAAUUUAAGAGCAGUUUUUUAAGGUAGAGCCACCAGAUUUUCAGUGUAGCUUCAGGUGAUUCUCCUUAGAAGAACCCCACAGGUUUGUUGAAGACUGGGGGGUCAGGGGGUCUAAUUUUAUGGGCCAUCAAAGAAGUACCCCAUCCAUUCUUCAUUGUUACCAAUGGAGAAAAAUGGGGCCUUAACCAAACUUGAGGUUCUUGUAAGUGAGAUCAGGGGGUCCAAUUUUAUAGGGCCACAUUUUUUCUCCAUUGGUAAAAAUGGAGAAUGGAUAGAGCACCUCAUAAAAUUUGACUCCCUUACCUAAUCUUUACUAAAUGUGAAGGUUUUUUUUAAGAAGAGUCACCUGAAACUAUACUGAAAAUUCACUGGCUCAGUCUCAAAACACAGCCUCCCCAGAGUCCCACAAAUAUUUCCCUUGGGUAAAAUGGACCUGAAAAAUUUGGGGAAGAAAGGCUUUUUUUGGAUUUUCCUUUCUGGCUCCAUUGAAAUGGUGCCUCUUCUUCCACUGAAAAAAGCCAAAAGCAAAAAAAUACUUCUUCAGCUUUUUUUCUGAUUCAGCAUAUCCAAAUGCACACUUUUAGUCUGCAGUAAGAGAUUAAAACUGCCACCCAGUUCUGCCUAAAGAGGUGUUUCAAUCCCCUUGAAAAAAUUCCUGUCUAAAAUGAAAUGAACAAUUCUUCUCUACUGAAACUAGAGUCAUAGUUGCCCUGAGCAAAGUAACACCUGUUACUCUACACAGUUAGAUUUAAAAUGGAGCAAUGAUUUCAUCCAGGUCCUUACUCAAAGGUCUUUUAUCAUUCUGUGCCAGAUGCUAAUGGCCUGUUGGGAAUGACAAACAUUUCAGAUGUUCUAAUUUCCCAUUAAAUUUGCAGGACCAAACACUGAUGGAAGGGGAGAGAUCAGACAAUUCUCAGCCAUUUUCCAAAUGAGACAGAUCAAAUAUGUUUGUGUCAAAUAUGCAAUAAUGGAAUUCUAUCAAUAAUAGUUUAAAAGAGAGUAGGCAACUAUUUUAACCCAAGUGCCCUGCUUUAAAUCAACACCUACUGUACCUGUUGGAGCAAGCUAAUCCCCAGUAGUGCCGUCAGCUGGUGGCUGUGCAGAUCUUGGAAGCAAGGAUGGGCUCAAGCCAGACACAUUGCCAUUUCCUGUAUCACUGGUCCCAGCAGUGCUAUCAAUGACUUGGCUACUUGGAUUAACAUCUGACUCUGGUUGAAAAGCAAAGUAGCUUGCUGUGUCCAUGCUAAUACAUGUGUGGAGAUGUAUUGUCGAAGGCUUUCACGGCCAGAACGACUGGGGUGUUAUGGGGUUUCUGGGCUGUUUGGCCAUGUUCCAGUAGCAUUUUAUCCUGAUGUUUCACCUGCAUCUUCAGAUGCAGGCAAAAUGUCAUGAGAAAAUGCUACUGGAAAAUAGCCAUACAGCCCGGAAACCCCACAACACCCAUGUGUGGAGAUUUGCUGAUCUCUGGUUUUGAAAUAAACACAAUUCUCAUAGGAGAAACAGUUGAUUUUUAGUGACUGAAUUUUGUAUUUUAAUUCAGUAUAUGCCUAUGUUUAUUACACUGUUGUGAUUAAUAAUUUCAAUUAUAUGCUGAUUCCUUUCAUAGCAUAAAUAUAUCUUCUGCUAUUAGAAACUCACCAUAAAUCAUAUUAUCCCGUGAAUGGAUUAUAAAUUCCCAUUCCCGCUUUGAAAUUCUUAUAUAUCGAUUGGAAAAAGAAUUUUCAUUGUGAAUACGUCAGUCCUUUGGCUGCAAUCUAUUGCAGAGUUUUACACUGUGAAGUCCCAUUGAAAUACACAAUGUCUAACUAUGCAAACAUAAUUUUUGCGGUAGUCCACAGGCUAGGUUCCAUCUUUUCUUGAGAGGAACCAAUGGGAGUUGAAGGAAUGUUAGUGAGAAGAGAAGUUCAAACAGCAGUUUAGAGAGUUGAAAACAAGUUAAGGAGUUACAAGUGAGUCUGGCUAAGUGAAACUGUGGAGAACAGCAGCUUAAUGCUGACUGAAAAGGGUUGGUUUGCAAAGGAUGCAAAAUGCUGGAAUUGGGAAAUAGUUAAAAAGUUCAAUCAAAAAGUUAUUUAGUAACCUCUACUAGACUUCCUUCAGUGUUAUGUUCAAAUCAUAAUAAAUGUAAACUCCUUGUUUAGCACUGUGGGCUUGUGUAUGUGUAUAGAGAGAAAGAGAGAGGGGAAGGGAAAGGAAAGGAAAGGAAAGGAAAGGAAAGGAAAGGAAAGGAAAGGAAAGGAAAGGAAAGAGAGGGGGGUAUGAAUAAACGGUGGCAGUGAAUGAAACACUGUUUGAAUCCCCAGUAGCUCUGUGCACUGUAUGAGAGAAGAGCAAUUAAUAAAUUGGGCUGGGCUAUGAGUGCACACUUGGUAAAUCCAAACCAGAAAACAAACCCAGAAAAAUACCUGGAAAAGGCAGCAAUAAAAGGGAGCUUAAAAAUUGGAUUCUGAAAAAUGGCAGGUUUUUUUGGCAUUUUUGGGUCUGUUUGGCCUGCCACCUUUUUAAAAAGAAAGGAAAACCUCUCUGCCUCCCUUACCUGCAGCCUGGCAAAGUCCAGUGUUCAACUGUGUGUGCCACUUCCGAAGUGGGGCACACAGUUCAAUGCAGGACCUAACCAGGCCAAGCCCACAGUUUAAAGUUGUACCCGGCCAGACUGAGUGCAGCAUUGAACUGAGGGCUCAGUCGGGCUGGGUCCAGCUUUAUACUACUGGCUCUACCUCCAAAGCUCUGCCUCUGAAGUCACAUGGAGCCCACAGUUCAACACUGGGUUUAGUUUGACCUGGCCUAGCAUUCCAUUAUGCACCUGCCUCCAAGUUCUACAUGGGUCUCUGAGGCAGCAGUACGCACUCAUGCUGUCUGUUCCUCCAAGACCCACAUGGAGUUCAGAGGAAGGUGUAUUUUCAGGUUUGGGUUUAAUAAUCUGAAAAUGUUUGGAAAAUAUCCCCAAAAGCCAGUAGAUAAUAUUGGUUUUUCUAGAAGAUAUAUUUUUUAAAAAAAUAUGGGUUUAUUAAACCAAACCUGAAAAACACAUGUGUAACUAUUUUGUGUGAUCAGAUUUGCUUUUUCAAGGUUCCUGGUUUUGAGAGAAUCCUGUAUAUUUACUAGGUCAGGCCACCAUAGUCUCUAAUCCUGCAGUCCACUACAUACAUUCUAGCCUCUGAAAAGGGCUAGUGACUCGCCAAGUAAGUUUCAUGACUGUAAGGGAUUGUAACCCAGAUCAUUUUCUUUCAAGUCUAGUCAUCGGUCUGCUACAGAAAACCUGCAAUGUAUAUAAAGUAGACGGGAAGGAUAAUAAAAGGAACAGAAUGUGCUCUGAAAAGAGUUUAUGAUGUAGGGCUGGAAACAUGAGAACUGUCCCAUCAUAAAGCAAUGUGUUCAAAUAAAUAUGCUAUAUUAAAAGGUGGCUGUUUGUGCCAAAUAUUCAA